AAUAUAUUUAUGAAAUAUAUGCCUUAAGUAUAUGUAAUCGAGUAUAAAAGUAUAAAAGAGUGGCGUUUUUUCCUUAAAGAAAGUCACGAGAAAAGAGGAUAAAUUCUGCAACACGGUAGACACACAUAUUAUCCUAAGCCUAAUAAUUGAUUUUAAUUUGUUACAUAUUGUUAAGUUUUUCGAUUGCAUCGUUUUUCGAGGGAUCUCUCAAGUGUGUGUCUCUCUCUCUCUCUCUACAAAAUGGCGCAAGAGGUCGAAGAAACUAUGAAACGGAUUCAAUCUCACAAGGGAGUAGUUGGAACAAUAGUGGUAAACGCAGAAGGUAUUCCAAUAAAAUCAACAUUAGACAACACUACGACAGUUCAGUACGCAGGUUUGAUAAGUCAAUUAUCAGACAAAGCCCGCUCUGUUGUACGUGAUCUAGAUCCAACCAAUGAUUUAACUUUCCUGCGCAUCCGUAGCAAAAAGCAUGAAAUUAUGGUUGCACCAGAUAAGGAAUUUAUAUUGAUAGUGGUACAAAAUCCAGUUGAUUGAUAUCUAAAGGAUGAUGAUAAUGCAGAAAUACAUUGCAAAGUUCAAAUUUAUUCCCUUAGUAA